AUGCGGCGAAUACUGCCCAGCUCUCGAUUAGAUAAGGAAGUUGAUAGGAAUACCGCGUAUGGUACUGUUUGGUUAGGGACCGGGUCAUGGUUAUUGUUCCCAUUAUCCAUCCCUCCUUCCGCCGCCCGUCGUGAUCCACUUCACUUACCCUCAGCACCACCGCCUCACCUGUUAACCUCGGUGCUGCUGCCCUUUGCGCCAGGAGCUAUCAUGGCAGCUACACAGAAGCUAUACCCCCGCGCGACCGUCAAACGCGUCGUCAAGGCACACUCCAACCGCAACGUGAGCAAGAAUGCCGAUAUUCUGAUCUUCCUGGAUUACAUGCUGUUCAUGCAAGAACUGAUGCGGGAAUCCUCAAUUCAAUCGCGCAAAGCGGGCGAGAAGAACAUCUCUCCCAACAGCGUUCGAAAGGUGACUGAGGCUGACCAUGAGUUUCCACCGGUUUAG